ACGAAAUAUGCUUAAGAUUUGAUCAUUAAUACACAAAAUGGACACUGAUUUAUAUGAUGAGUUUGGUAAUUAUAUUGGUCCGGAGCUUCCAAGUGAUGAUGAUAGUGAUGAGUCAUCAGAUCAAGAAAAUGAUGAUGAUGAUCGUGAAGAUGAAGAUGAAGAAACUACUGAAAAAGACAAUGAUACUGUUGAAGUUUCACAUGCAGUUGUUUUGCACGAGGACAAAAAGUAUUAUCCCUCUGCUGUAGAAGUUUAUGGGCCUGAUGUAGAGACCAUUGUUCAAGAAGAAGAUGAGCAACUUCUAACAGAACCAAUAAUCAAACCUGCCUCAAGAAGGAAGUUUGCAUUAGUUGAACAAGAACUUCCUGCAACAACAUAUGACAUGGAAUUUUUGGCAGAUCAAAUGGAUAAUUCAGAUCUAAUACGAAAUGUUGCUUUGAUCGGAAACUUGCAUUCAGGAAAGAGUAAUUUUGUUGAUGCCUUGUUUGAACAAACUCAUCCUGAAUUAAACAAAAAAGUGAAUGAUGGUGGUGCAGAUAUGAAUUAUACUGACACACUCUUUACAGAAAGAGAACGAGGCGUUAGUAUUAAAAGUACUCCUGUAACUUUAGUUUUACCUGAUUCUAAAGGAAAAUCAUUUCUCCUAAAUAUAUUUGACACUCCUGGUCAUGUUAAUUUUUCUGAUGAGGUUACUGCUGCAUUAAGGAUAUCAGAUGGUGUUGUUGUUUUUAUUGACGCUGCUGAUGGUGUAAUGAUGAAUGUAGAGCGGCUUCUUAAGCAUGCAGUUCAAGAAAAAUUAGCAAUCACCAUUUGUAUAAACAAGAUUGACAGGCUUAUACUUGAACUCAAGUUGCCCCCUACCGAUGCAUAUUAUAAAUUAAAGCAUAUAAUCGAUGAAGUAAACUCACUCUUAAGUGUGUAUACUGAAGGAGAAGAUGAUAUCAUUAUGUCACCACUGCUUGGAAAUGUCUGCUUUGCAAGUGCUCAUUACCGUUUUUGUUUUACACUUGCAUCUUUUUCAAAAUUAUACUGUGAUACUUUUGGUGGCGGUGUAAACUAUAUUGAGUUUGCAAAGCGGCUUUGGGGUGAUGUUUACUUCAAUGAAAAAACAAGAAAGUUUACAAAAAAGGCACCUUUAACAACUGCCCCGCGAUCAUUUGUGGAAUUUAUAUUAGAACCAAUGUACAAGCUUUUUGCUCAAGUUGUUGGGGAUGUUGAUUCAACUUUGCCACAAGUUCUUGACGAAUUAGGGAUUUAUCUAACGAAGUCAGAGUUAAACAUGAACAUUCAUCCUCUUUUACGAUUAGUUUGUAAAAAGUUUUUUGGAGAGUUUACAGGAUUUGUUGACAUGUGCGUUAAACACAUACCUUCACCUCUUGUAUCUGCUUUUAAUAAGAUAAAGUACUUAUAUACUGGACCUUUUGAUUCAGAGAUUGCUGAAAGUAUGAUAGACUGCGAUUCAGAGGGUCCUCUAAUGAUUCAUACUACAAAGCUGUUUCCUUCUGAAGAUGGAACACAGUUUUAUGCAUUUGGUAGAAUUUUUAGUGGAACCCUUCAUGCCGGGCAAAAUGUUCGAGUUCUUGGCGAAGGGUACACUUUAGAAGAUGAGGAGGACUCGCGUAUUAGUGUAGUAGGGCGUCUUUGGAUUAGUGAAGCCAGAUACAAAGUUGAAGUGAGUCGAGUUCCUGCUGGCAACUGGGUUUUGAUAGAAGGUGUAGAUGAACCAAUAGUAAAAACUUCAACAAUCACUCAGGUUAAUGGUGUUGAAGAGGUGUAUAUUUUUCGCCCGCUAAAGUUCAACACAAACUCUGUUAUUAAAAUUGCUGUUGAACCUGUUAAUCCUUCAGAGCUCCCUAAAAUGUUGGACGGUCUAAGAAAAGUAAAUAAAAGUUAUCCUCUUGUAACAACCAAAGUAGAGGAUUCUGGUGAACAUAUUUUGUUGGGCACAGGUGAAUUGUAUCUUGAUUGUGUUUUGCAUGAUCUACGAAAGAUGUAUUCUGAAAUAGAAAUAAAAGUUGCAGACCCAGUCGUGACCUUUUGCGAAACUGUUGUUGAAACUUCAUCUCUAAAAUGUUUUGCUGAAUCACCCAACAAAAAAAACAAGCUUACUAUGAUAGCUGAGCCUCUAGAAAAAGGAUUGGCAGAAGAUAUUGAAUCUGGAAAAGUACAAAUAUCAUGGGAUAAAAAACGUCUUGGCGAGUUUUUUCAAACAAAAUAUGAUUGGGAUUUGUUGGCAGCACGGUCAAUAUGGGCUUUUGGACCUGACUCAUUUGGCCCUAAUAUUCUGGUUGAUGAUACUCUUCCAAGUGAAGUUGAUAAACUCUCUUUAAACUCUUGCAAAGAUUUCAUAGUUCAGGGGUUUCAGUGGGGUACAAGAGAAGGACCUUUAUGUGAUGAACCAAUUCGUAAUGUGAAAUUUAAGAUUCUUGAUGCUGUUAUUGGAAGCGAUGUUAUUCAAAGAUCUGGCGGUCAAAUUAUUCCAACUUCCAGAAGAGUUGCAUACUCUGCCUUUUUGCUUGCUAUUCCUCGUUUAAUGGAGCCAUAUAUGUUUGUUGAAGUGCAAGCUCCUGCAGAUUGUGUUUCUUCAAUAUACACUGUUCUUGCAAGAAGGAGAGGUCAUGUUACUCAAGAUGCUCCAAUUCCUGGUUCACCUUUAUACGUUAUUAAAGCGUUUAUUCCUGCAAUAGACUCUUUUGGUUUUGAGACUGAUUUACGAACUCAUACCCAAGGGCAAGCGUUUUGUUUGUCUGUAUUUCAUCAUUGGCAGAUAGUUCCUGGAGAUCCAUUAGAUAAAACCAUCGUAAUUAGACCUUUAGAAUCUCAACCAGCAACACAUUUAGCAAGAGAAUUUAUGAUUAAAACUAGAAGAAGAAAGGGUCUAAGUGAAGAUGUUAGCAUCGAUAAAUUUUUCGACGAUCCUAUGUUGCUAGAAUUAGCCCGCCAAGAUGUCAUGUUUAACUACCCUAUGUGAGAAACUUAAGCACCGCGUAUUUUCCCGUGACUAACCUGCUCUCAUUAACAUGAGUUGAAAUAAAAUAGCUAAACAAUCAUUGAAAAUCAAGCUCCAUGAAGUUUUUACUUGUAAAUGUGCCAUAGAUAAAAGCUACUAGAAUAAACUUAAAAGAUAAUUUUCGCUAAACAUGUUAUGAAUAAAUGACUGUAAAUUUAAAA